AUGAGAGCCGCCUUCCCCGCGUGUCUGCUGGCCCUGCUGGCCUGGGCCGCCUCGACCCAAGGCCGAGUGGUGGGCGACGACCAGGCGGGCUUCGCCGAAUGCGACGUCUUCUUCUACCAGCGGGCUCCCCCCGCGGGCUUCCCGGCCGAGCAGGUGGCCAAGAUCUGCCAGAAGUACCGCGGGGAGCCGCGCUUCGCCACCCUCUACAGCACGCGGGAGAAGAUCCCGCUCUUCGCCGCGUUCCGACUUAUGGCUUUUAACGGGAUACAUCAGCCCGAGUUUGACGUGCCUUUGGCAUUUUACCACUAUCAAACGGCUGAAUGGCUGUGUGGAAUCCUAUUAAAUAUUGAUGACCCUGGAAAUAAUCAGGCAGAAAUGAUGCCGGAAGCUGAGAUUGCAGAGUCGGUGGAACAUCUGGGUAAAAACCAGGCCCUCAUGGCAGAUUAUGUAGACUCUGGCUAUGAGAGGGGGCGCCUAAACCCCAGCUCUCUUCAUAAGGACGACCACCACGUUGCCACCCACACGCUGACCAACGCAGUGCCGCUCUCCCCUCCUUUCCAGGAGCUUUGGCACUGGGAAGUAGAGCAGCUUAUCAGCCACGGUUUGGCUCCUCACUGUCAAAAUGGGAAAGAUCUCCAUCUCCUCUCCGGAGCAAUGCCUUCAUCUCUCAAAGUAAAGGACAAAAUCGCGGUCCCCAAAUUUGUCUGGCUGGCAGCUUGCUGUGACAAUGGUGCCGAGUCCUGGUCGGUGGGAUUUAUUAAAGAAGCCGAUGUUGAGAGUCGUCUGGAAGACCUAACGGUAGAAGCUCUUGAGAAGAAGCUUCCUGCAGGAGCCGAGCUCUUUAAGAACCGCUGUGGCCACGAUCGACAGGAUCCUAAAAAGAUGGAGAAUGUGUUGCACUCGGUGAAGAAAGUCCAGGCGAAGAAACCAACCUGUGUGAAAAAGCCCACUCAAAAUAAGCACACCCAGACCGCCAAGGAGCAAAGUGGCUUUCUGAAGAACUUUUUUCAUUUUGUCAUUAACCCUAUCAUGAAAGUGCUUCAGUUUGUUUGCUAUCUGGUUUGCCAACUUGUGAAAUGUGUGUGGUGUUUGGUAAAGUUCAUCGUCCAGAAGAUUUUCAGCGGAGUGUGCACCUUCAUCAAAGGGAUAACCACCGCCCUGCUGGAUAUCUUUAUCUGCCUGGCCCAAGUGGGUGUCAGCAUCUUGAAUGGUAUUGCGAAGAACAUCUACAAUGUUCUCAUGGUGACCUACAGGAUUCUUAGUGUCCCCGUUAAUCUGAUCCUGGAUAUUGUGUCUUUCCCUUUUUACACUCUGGGUGCCAUUCCGGGUGUGCUCAAAGAUAUUGGUUCAGGCAUUGGGGGCUUAUUCUUAUUGGUCAUUGAUGCUACCACAAGUCUGGUGAAGGGCCUAAACCAUGUCGUGUCUUUCCUAGCUAAGAAGAUUCUUCCCACGACUGUUUUUUAAGAAUGACUCCAGAGGUUAUCUUCCAAAGCAAUACUUGUCCUCUAUAUUGCUUAUCUUCAGCUACUCUUAUAUGUAUUUAUUGUGGUGACAUUUCCAGUGAUGAACCGAUGUUCUGGUAACAUGGGUGAGCUACGUAAACCUGAAAUGGGAAUUUAAUGGCGAAUUAAAAUUGCACUUAUUGUAAAACGU